AUGAACGAGUCGAGCUCCAGCUUAGACUCGCCGCCUUCCUCCAUCGCGCCCCUCACGGUGGCCGCCAAAUCCCGAGCACGCUUCCUGAGGUCUUCCGAGGCCAUCAGACACCUGACGGCGUUCUCGAUUGUCGAGGCCUUCACGACCUCCCGCGUCUUGGACCACUCUCUCACGGGUAGCCCGACUUUCAGUAUCUCGGUCACGAGCUUGGCGUUGGUCGGCUGGUCCGAGUGCAUGGGCCAGGCCGCAAUCGGGACACCGGCCACGAUGCUCUCGAUGCACGAGUUCCACCCGCAGUGGCUCAUGAACCCGCCUGUCGACCCAAUCUCCGUCUGUGGGGCCCAAUCCCUCACCACCAAUCCCUUGCCUUUCAUCCUCUCCUCAAAACCUAUAGGGAGGCCAGAAAAUGAACCUAGAGUUAAAACCUUGUCAGCAUCCCGGAGCACCCAUAGAAACCCGUGCCCGCUCGACUCUAACCCGAGAGCCAGCUCGGUUAUCUCCUCGUCGGUCAACGAGCACGUGGUCCCGAACGUGACGUACAAAACCGACCCUACCUUUUGCCCAUCGAGCCACUCUAGGCACCCGUGCCGCUUACCCGAACCCGACCCGACCGACUUUGCUGCCAGCAUGGGCCCGACGGCCCACACCUUCCGACCUCCUUGGGCCUCGAGAAUGUCGAGAAACGGGCCCUCCAUAGCCCGACAUACCUGGAGGUCGUCGGAAAUACUGGCGGAGAUGAGGGGAAGGUGGCGGAGGGCGGGGACGGGGCAGAGGAUUCCGGCGAGCUCGUGGGUUAACUUGACGUCGCAGAAGGCGGAGAGGCAGUUGAAGGCUCCCGUUUUCAGAACCUUAGUCAUGAAAAUCGCGUUGACCGGCUGGUCCGAAUGCAUGGGCCACGCCAGCACUGGCACGCCCGUCAUAAGGCUCUCGAAACACAAAUUCCACCCGCAGUGCGUGAGAAACCCUCCUGUGGCCUCGUGGGCCAAUAUCUCCACCUGCGGAGCCCAAUCCCUCACCACAAGCCCGAUUCCGGCUCCCUUCACCCUCUCCUCGAACCCCUCGGGCAACUCGAUCAUCUUCCUACUCUCCUCCGAGAAAAUGUCGGCCCUAUCCGCAUCCCUCAACGCCCACACGAACCUAAACCCGCACGACUCGAGCCCGAGGGCGAUCUCCCGAGCCUCCUCUACUGACAGAGAAACUGUCGUCCCGAACGAGACACCCGCGCGCCUGCCCAUCGAGCCAGUCGAGGCACGCGUGUCGUCGUCGUGCUCCUGUUUCAUCAUAAUCGGCAACCUUUUCCGAGCCGAGCGUCGGGCUUAUGGCCCAUUGUUGGCUUUUCCCGCCGAUUUCCUCCCGAGCUAG